AUGGAAGCAAGGACGGGACGCGAAAAACAAGUAUAUAAGAAAGGAAGCAUACGUCAGGUAGCUGGCUGCGUACCAGUUAAUAAGACAACGAAAAAAAUUCUGUUAAUAACGCGACGGAAAAAGAAAGGUGGAUGGAUGCUGCCUAAAGGAGGAUGGGAAAAUGAUGAAUCGGAACAAGAAGCAGCGAUAAGAGAAACAUAUGAAGAAGCUGGAGCACGAGGAAAAGUAACAUCAUUAAUAGGUGUAUGGGAUCACAAUGUUAUUAACAAAAAAACAGGAUUGCCUAAAGCAACAUUUAGUUUUUUUGAAAUGGAAGUAGAGAAGUUAGAAGAAAAAUGGCCAGAAAUGGAUGAACGGGAUAGACAGUGGUUUGCGUACGAAGAUGCAUUAAAAGUUUUAAUAAAACCUUUUAUGCGAGAAGUAGUCGAAAAAUGUUCACUGGCACCAUCAAAUAAAAGGUCAAAAAAGGAAUUUUCAGAAUCAAAUAUAAAUAAGAAUCUCAAGGAUACAUGGAACUUAAAAUUUUCAGCCAUAGUGGUUUUCUUUGCCUUUCUUAUUUGGUACUUAAUCAAAGACAAUAAAUUCAUAUCUAUUCUGACAUAG